CCCGCGGCGCAGCCCCGUCCCGGCCCGGGCGGCUCUGGUGUGAGUGGGGAGCCGCGGGGCUGGAGAUGCGCGAGUGGCCGCUCCGGCCUGGGGCAGCGGGGCCAGGUGAGCGCAGGCAGAGUACAAUAUUUCAGAACGCUGGAGAUUAUCUGGGUGAUGCUAGAGAUUACAUUUAAUAUGAUUGUGUCUUCAGACAUUCUGCUCCUCCAUUUCACGAGUUAAAAUAUUUUAUAAAAAUGAAGUUGGGUAUCUUCACUGAUCUUCAAGUUCACCGUGUCCUGUGAAUUCAGAGAAGACUUUCUGAAGGAGGCAUAGAUUCAUCACAUUUGUGGACUUCUGUUGUUGCUCAAGGAUACACUUUUUCUUUCGUUGUGAAAGGCUAUCUGCAUGAAGAUGAGUCUUCAUUUGAGAUAUGAUCUGUGUAACUAGGUGAACAGGGAUACUUUUAAUGAAUUACCAACAUCUAUUUCCAUCUGUUUCUCCAGCUUUUGUUUUUUAAUAAAAAAUGAAGGACAAGUAUAAAACAGCAGAGCUGAUGUGUUUCUGUGAGGCUUUUUUGUAAGCCUCUGUGUCUGGACGUGGUGCUAAAGGACUGGCAAUCUGCUUUUGAUCAGCUGAUUGUAACUGCAGAAAGAGAACCUUUAAUUUAAAGUAACUUGCAGCUGUAAUUAUUUUACUCUUUGGCUUGCAUCGAAUGAAAGGGAAAUUUAAGUUUUACUGGUCCAGGAGCAUUUUACUGAACUAAGAAAGGGAAACUUACAUUAUCCUUGUUUUCAUUUCAAACGAAGAACUGCUAAUAUAUUUCACUUAGAAUUUGACUACUAGGGAGAUCUCGGCAGAGUAAAGCAAGUCAGAUGUCAGCAAACGACUCUUCUCCCCCAUCCUUACAGAAGUUUUCCCCACCUACAUGUCAUGCUGCUGCACCACAGACCCCAACGUUGUCUUCAAGUCCCCAGUCGGGGCUCUCCAGUCGACUCUCCAAUGGCAGUUUCAGUACCCAGAGCCUCACCAACUCCCGAGGCUCUAUGCAUGGGAUCUCCUUCCUUCUGCAGAUUGGUCUCACUCGAGAGACUGUCACCAUUGAAGCUCAGGACCUGUCUCUCUCUGCUGUUAAAGACCUCGUGUGCUCAAUAGUUUACCAGAAGUUCCCAGAGUGUGGUUUCUUUGGCAUGUAUGACAAAAUUCUCCUGUUCCGCCAUGACCUGAACUCAGCUAAUAUUUUGCAACGAAUUACAUCAGCAGAAGAGAUACAUGAGGGAGAUCUUGUUGAGGUUGUACUCUCUGCUUUGGCUACAGUUGAAGAUUUCCAGAUUCGUCCUCAUGCACUUUAUGUGCAUUCCUACAAGGCUCCUACUUUUUGUGACUACUGCGGAGAGAUGCUUUGGGGUUUGGUACGACAAGGAUUAAAAUGUGAGGGUUGUGGGUUAAACUACCAUAAGCGAUGUGCCUUCAAAAUUCCAAACAACUGUAGUGGAGUGAGGAAGAGGCGCCUGUCUAACGUGUCUUUACCAGGAGCAGGGCUUUCAGUUCCAAGACCAGCACAAGCUGAACACACAUCCUCUGCCUUUGAAGAACGUUGUUGCCCAGAACCUAGUAAGAGGAUUCCCUCUUGGAGUGGCCGCCCUAUCUGGAUGGAUAAGAUGGUGCUUUGCAGAGUGAAGGUCCCACACACCUUUGCUGUUCACUCUUACACUCGUCCCACCAUCUGCCAGUAUUGCAAACGGCUGCUUAAGGGCCUUUUUCGCCAAGGAAUGCAGUGUAAAGAUUGCAGGUUCAAUUGUCACAAACGCUGUGCACCUAAAGUACCUCGAGACUGUCUUGGAGAGGUUAUUUUCAAUGGAGAACCUGCUAGCCCAGGCCAGGACUUGGAUAUGCCGAUGGAAGUUGAUAGCAGUGAAAUGAACAGUGAUGGUAGUCGAGUUCUAGAUGAUGCUGAGGAGCCCUCUCCUCCAGAGGACAAAAUCUUUUUUAUGGAUCCAUCUGACCUCGAUGCAGACAAAGAUGAGGAAGCUGUCAAAACAAUCAGUCCUUCAACAAGCAAUAAUAUUCCUCUCAUGCGAGUUGUACAGUCGAUCAAACACACAAAGAGGAAGAGCAGUACAAUGGUGAAAGAAGGAUGGAUGGUCCACUACACUAGUAGAGACAACCUGAGAAAAAGACAUUAUUGGAGACUGGACAGCAAAUGCCUCACAUUAUUUCAAAAUGAAUCUGGAACAAAAUAUUACAAGGAGAUUCCACUUUCAGAAAUUCUCCAGGUGACUCAGCCUCGAGAUUUUUCACACGUGGUGCAGGGCAGCAACUCCUACUGUUUUGAGAUCAUCACUGACACGAUGGUGUACUUUGUUGGCGAGAACAAUGGCAGCACUCAUCACAGUCCAGUUCUUGCUGCCUCUGGAGUUGGACUUGACGUAGCACAGGGCUGGGAGAAAGCCAUUCGCCAGGCUUUGAUGCCAGUCACUCCUCAACCUAGCGUUUGCACUGCUGCAGGACAAGGAAAAGAUCACAAAGAAUUGUCUCUAAGCAUCUCUGUUUCAAAUUGCCAGGUCCAGGAGAAUGUGGAUAUCAGCUCUGUGUACCAAAUAUUUGCUGAUGAAGUGCUGGGUUCUGGUCAGUUUGGUAUUGUAUAUGGAGGAAAACAUAGGAAGACUGGAAGAGAUGUGGCUAUUAAAGUCAUUGACAAGAUGAGGUUUCCAACUAAACAGGAAAGUCAGCUUCGUAAUGAAGUAGCCAUUCUCCAGAAUUUGCACCACCCUGGGAUUGUGAACCUGGAAUGUAUGUUUGAAACACCAGAACGAGUCUUUGUUGUGAUGGAAAAGUUGCAUGGGGAUAUGCUAGAGAUGAUUCUUUCCAGUGAGAAAGGUCGACUUCCAGAACGAAUAACUAAGUUCAUGGUCACUCAGAUACUUGUUGCUUUGAGGAAUUUACACUUCAAGAAUAUUGUGCACUGUGAUUUAAAACCAGAAAAUGUACUACUAGCAUCAGCAGAACCAUUCCCUCAAGUGAAGCUGUGUGAUUUUGGCUUUGCACGCAUCAUUGGGGAGAAGUCUUUCCGGCGCUCUGUGGUGGGCACUCCUGCGUACCUCGCCCCUGAAGUGCUCAGGAGCAAAGGCUACAACCGCUCCCUAGACAUGUGGUCAGUAGGAGUUAUUGUCUAUGUGAGUCUCAGUGGCACAUUCCCAUUUAAUGAAGAUGAGGAUAUCAAUGAUCAGAUUCAAAAUGCAGCAUUUAUGUACCCACCAAAUCCUUGGAAGGAGAUUUCUAGUGAAGCCAUUGAUUUAAUAAACAAUUUGCUUCAAGUGAAGAUGAGGAAACGUUUCAGUGUUGACAAAUCCCUUAGUCACCCAUGGUUACAGGAUUAUCAGACUUGGCUUGACCUCAGAGAAUUUGAAACACGCAUUGGAGAGCGUUAUAUUACCCAUGAGAGCGAUGAUGCACGCUGGAAAGAACACGCUUAUGAGCACAACCUCGAGUACCCCCAGCACUUCAUUAUGGCUCCCAAUCCAGAUGACAUGGAAGAAGACCCUUGAUUUGUUCAUUAUGCUAAAUUGCAGCAAAGAAGGAUACUCCAGGCAGAAACUGAAGUUUUGAAACAGCUAUUGCUCUUUCCAAAGGCUGUACACAUAGUUUGGUGUGUAAGGCCCAGAGGAUCCUGCAUUACCAUGAGAAUAGACUGGUCUGCAAACUUUUCUCCAUCCCUGACUUUAACUCUGAGUAGUUACUGGACAGUGGGAUACAAAUCCCUGUUGGGUAACAUUUCACCAAGCUGGAUGGCUACAAAGUCAUUACUGAGGUGUAGUGUGUACAGACUGAAUGGUUUGUGUUUUUCAAGGGUUUUUGUUUUUUCAUAGCCUAGCAGUAAGAGUUUUGUAAUAGUUUUCUAAUCCCUAUUUACUAGGCCAUAGGGGACUGUUUUCUGCUACUUAGAUCUUCUGUUUCUCAAACUGUGGAUGGUGAAGAGACUCUAUAAAGAAAUCAGUACAGAAUACCUUGGCGAAGGCAAAACAUGGUGGUUUAAUUGCAUACAGCUUCAUAGAUGAUGGAAUAAUUUGCUGCUGUUUAGACAGUUAAAUAUGUGUGUGUUUGCCCUAAUUGAACUUUUUACAGAUAGCAACCAAAACAAACUAAAAAAAGGAAAACCCCAUGACUUCUUACAUUCCUCUUGAAAUGCUGGCUGACAGUCUAAGGAGAUGAUAAUCAAAGCUGUGCUAGGCUUUUAUUUUGUCUGUUAAAAAAAGCAGUAAGCCACAACAGUGCGCUGCUGUGCAAGGCUGGCACAUCAUUGAUACACACCAAAGGCAUUUUGCCUUAAAACUACACACAGAGAGCACACAAGACUUGAUAUAGCAUAUCUUUUCACUCUGGAAGAUCAGCUUUUAGCAGAAGGAUGUGGAAAAAUAGGGAAAAUACAUGCAGCUUUCUUAUGUCGUUUUGAGUAAUAAGAUUUAAAAAGUUUUCUGAUAUUUUUCUAAUUUUUAAGGUUCCUUGGACUUACAUCAGGAGUAGUUUGUAGCCUGCUAGCUUGUUAUGUUAACUGCUCAAAACCUAGAAGUAACAGUGGAUACAUCAGCUGUUGCUUCUGCCAGGGCAGCUGGAUUGUAGGAGAAAGGACUUCGCCUUGCCACCUUAACCUGCAGCCCUCCUAUGCUCUUUACUGUGCUCAGAACUGUUUGAGCUGAAUGAAGAGUCCAAAAGCAACUGCUCAGAUUUUUCUGUGCACAUGCCUCCACUGAAGGAUUCCCAACCACUAAUGCUACUUGUGGCACAGUAGAGGGUAAACAGCAGUGUUCUUUGGAAAUUAUUCCCUUGGACAGUUCAAGUUAAUGGUAUUUCAAAGAAGUUUGAGGCCAUAAUGCUAAAUGCAAAUUUUUGUGGAGUAGCGGUGUUGUGCUCCUGGAGGGUGCUGGAUGGCUGCAUGCAUCCCUGAUGUGCCAAGCUGCUUAAUUGGAGCUUAGUUGGAAAUUUUAAUAAAAUUCUGAUACAGGCUUGAACUGCAAAGGCAGUGAGAGGCUUUGGGGUAUCUCCACUCUCCUACAAAGAUUUUUCUUUUUUUGUUUGUGUUUAGAUAAGUAUUUUUUAUACUGUUUUUAUUCAGGUAAGGAAGCAGGUGAGCAGAUUUAUAAGUUGUUAGAUAUACCUAAAAUGUUCCAUGGUUAGUUCAGAGCUGGCAGCUGCUUGCAGUAGCAGCUGCAGAAGGAUGUGCCCACAGGUAGGUCUGGGUCUUCAGCUCACUCUUUCUUUUCCCAUUGUCCUUUAUCUAUCUGCCACUGCAUUUCAUAGGUGUCUGUGCUGGCAGAGGCUGAGCUCUGGAUUCUUAACCCUGUUUAGAGAGGGUUUCAGGACUGGUUUUUCAAAGAGGCACUGCUUCCCAUCUCUGCAACCAGAGCAAUCGCCUCUGACAUUGGUAGUUUGGUAUUUGCCCAUUCUUGUUGGCAAGCAAAGCUGUGCUGUUUUUCAACUUCCAAUGCUCAAGUGACCAAAUUUCAAUGCAGCCAUUGCUACAUUCCAUCCUAACUGUACUAUAUAGAUAGUUUGGUUUUAAACUUCAGAUUUCUUACUUGAGCUGUUACUCUAGGUUUACCUGUGGGUUUGUUGUUUUUAUGUUGUUGUAAGGGAGGAAAUAAAGCAGCUCACACACUUGAAAAAGCACAACAGGAAUAGAGGAAGGAGGGAACAGUAAUGAAGUAGAAGGCCUGGCUUUUGUCUCUCCCCAUGAAGUCUGCACUGCUUCAAAAUAUUAUAUGAGCUAUUUAUUCUUCAAGUUGUAUUAAAAUAAAAAUAAUGCUGUUGACCUUUCAAAGAGAUUGCCUGAUCAUAUGCAGACUUAUGGAGCCAGACAAGAGAAGCCACAAGCAGCUAGUAGUCAAGAAACCAAAAAAUCAGGCUUAUAUUACAUGUAAAAUUCCUAGAGUAGUAAAAACAGCUGAGUUUUAUUCCCUUUUUUCUACUUUUACUGCAGACUUUGACAGCAGUAGGUUACAGUGUUUAAUACCCUUACCCUAGAUGAAUUAAGUUGCGUUUGUUCAAGCAAUAGUGCUAUGGUGAUGCUAUAAAAAAGCUCAUGUAAAAUUUAUAGCCUCAAAAUGACACUGUCAAGUACUUUUAUAUUUUUAUACACCCCAUUGUUUGUAAAUAUCCUCUGGUAAGCUUGAAAAUAAAAUUUAUUUCCCUA